GUGAAAAUUUCCAAAGGCUGUAACACCAGCCUUCCAGCUCAGAAGUGGAAAUGGGUUUCCCGGAACCGGCUUUUCAACAUCGGAACUAUGCAAUGCUUGGGGGUCUCCUGGAAGACUGCAAACACCAGCACAGCAGCCCACGCACUGGCCACUUAUGAGUGUGACCGUGAAUCUGUCAGCAUGCGGUGGAACUGCCGGAGCCUGGGGGACCAGCUGUCCCAGUAUUUGAGCUCCAGGCUGGGGAACUCGUCACUGAUGACACCGGAGAGGGGCGACCAGGCACGCGGAGGGCAAUGGAAGGUCUAUGACCGUGAUGGAGAUCUGUGCUCCCGGCCAUACUCUGAAAUUUACACCAUUCAAGGCAACUCUCAUGGAAAGCCAUGCACCAUCCCUUUCAAGUAUGAUAACCAGUGGUUCUACGAUUGUACAAGCAUGGGGCGUGGAGAUGGUCACCUCUGGUGUGCUACCACACAGGAUUAUGGCAAAGAUGAGAGAUGGGGGUUCUGUCCCAUUAAAAGCAAUGACUGUGAUACAUUCUGGGACAGGGACCACCUCACCAAUAGCUGCUACCAGUUCAACUUCCAGUCCACCCUCUCUUGGCAGGAGGCCGGGAAGAGCUGUGAGCAACAAGGAGCCAGCCUGCUUAGCAUCACUGAGAUCCAUGAACAGACCUACAUCAAUGGGCUGCUAACUGGAUAUGGUUCCACUCUUUGGAUUGGACUUAAUGAUUUGGACCUCACCGGGGGCUGGCAGUGGUCAGACAAUUCACCCUUAAAGUUCCUUAACUGGGAGAAUGAUCAGCCUGACAACCCCAAUGAAGAAAACUGUGGGGUGAUCCGGACAGAGUCGUCAGGGGGAUGGCAGAACCGGGACUGCAGCAUCGCCUUGCCCUACAUCUGCAAGAAGAAACCUAAUGCCACCUCUACUACGUACUUGGCAGAGUCUGAGAUGAAGAUCGACUGUGACCCUAGCUGGCAGCCGUUCCAGUCCAACUGCUACCGCUUGAUCGGUGAAAAGAAGAGUUGGCCAGAUGCCAAAAAGGCUUGCUUGCGGAAUGAGGGGGACCUGGUGAGCAUCCACACGCUCCCGGAACUGGAGUUUGUUACCAAGCAAAUCAAGCAGGAUGUCGAAGAACUCUGGAUUGGCCUGAAUGAUCUCAGACUACAGAUGAACUUUGAAUGGUCAGAUGGCACGCCAGUGCAGUUCACGUUCUGGCACCGCUUUGAGCCCAACAAUUUUCGGAACAGCUUGGAGGACUGUGUGACUAUUUGGGGACCAGAGGGGAGAUGGAAUGACAGCCCUUGCAACCAGACAUUGCCUUCUGUCUGUAAGAAGCGGGGUCGCGUGAGUCAAGGGAGAGAAGAGGAGGACCAUGGCUGCACAAAGGGUUGGAAAUGGCACAGUCCAUCUUGCUAUUGGCUGGGUGAUGAUCAUGUGAUAUACAGUGAUGCUCGGAAGAUGUGCAAGGACCACAGGUCUACCCUGGUCACCAUCACCAACAGGUUUGAACAGGCCUAUGUGAGCAGCCUAAUUUACAGCUGGGAGGAUGAAUAUUUCUGGACAGCGCUACAGGACAUAAACGAAACAGGCUCCUUCCGUUGGCUGAGCGGGGAUGAAGUCACGUACACCCACUGGAACCGCAACCAGCCUGGCUAUAACAGAGGUGGCUGCGUUGCCUUGGCCACUGGGAGUGCCGUGGGCCUAUGGGAAGUGAAGAACUGCACCACUUCCAAGGCCAAAUAUAUCUGCAGGCAGAAUUUGGGAACUCCAGUGAACCCUGAGCUUCCCUCACCACAUCCCACACCCAGCCUCACUGGCUCUUGUCCUUCCGGAUGGAGCUCCAGCCCCAAACUGAGGCACUGCUACAAGGUGUUCAACUAUGAGAAACUGCAGGAAAAGAAAAGUUGGAUCAGUGCCCAGUUGUUCUGCCAGGAGCUGAAAGCACAGCUUUUGAGCCUAGGCAGUUUUGAGGAGGAACAUUUUGUGGCCAAUACCCUCAACAAGAUUUUCGGGGUCUCAGAACCUGAAAUCCACGAACAGCACUGGUUCUGGAUUGGCUUGAAUCGCCGGGACCCUGGAGUUGAGAGGAGCUGGCGAUGGAGUGAUGGGCUUGGGUUUUCAUACCAGAACUUUGACCGCAGUAACCAUGAUGACGAUGACAUCCGUAACUGUGUGGCACUGGACUUGGCUUCCUUGCAGUGGAUGACUCUCCAGUGUGAAGUUCAACUGGACUGGAUCUGCAAAUUGCCCAAAGGCACUGAUGUGAAAGAGCCGGAGACAACCGUCCAAGGAAGCAAUGAGUGGGUGAAAUAUCAGAAUGCCGAAUACAAGUUCUUUGACCACCAUUCAACUUGGGUGCAGGCUCAGCGGAUCUGCACUUGGUUCCAAGCCGAACUGGCGUCAGUUCACAGCGAAGCUGAGCUGAACUUUCUGGGCCUAAACCUGAAGAAGUUCUCAAGGGGGCAGGAGCAGCACUGGUGGAUUGGGCUCAACACCUAUGAGAAUGAUGGGCGAUUUCGGUGGUCUGACAGUUCCCUCUUGAACUUCAUCUCAUGGGCACCAGGCAAGCCACGGCCAAUUAGCAAAGACAGGAAGUGUGUGUACAUGACAGCUAGUCGAGAGGACUGGGGUGACCAGAAAUGUUUCACUUCUCUGCCUUACAUCUGCAAGCGCACCAACGACACGUCAGUGUGGCCUUCCUUGCCACCGCUGCCCGUGCCGACUCCUGGCAGCUGCACCCAGGGUUGGCAGGCCUUCGGCAACAAGUGCUUUAGGAUUUACAGCCAAGAGCUGGUGACAUGGCCAGAGGCAAAGCACACAUGUGAGGUCCAGGGGGGCAUGUUGGCUACCAUCUCCAACCACCUUGAACAAGCUUUUAUAACUACUCUUCUACCAAGUAUGACCUUUGACAUGUGGAUUGGCCUCCAUGAUGCUAAGAAGGAGUUCCAGUGGGUGGAACCUGGACCUAUCAAGUACGUGAACUGGGCCCCUGGUGAGCCAUCUGGGUAUGGAGCAGCCACUGCCAGUGAGAACCCGACUAACUGUGCUGUGAUUUGGCAUGGCUUCCCAUCCCUGUUCACUGGUCGCUGGGAUGACAGGAACUGCCUGGAGGAGAAACAUGCUUUCAUCUGCCAGAAGAGCAAAGAUCCUACAUUAAGCCCUUCUUCAGUGCCCCCCUCCCCUGCUCCCAAUUCCACCCUUUCCUAUCUCAACAGUACUUAUCGCAUCCUGAAGAAGCCUCUAAAGUGGCAGGAAGCUGUGCUCUUAUGUGAGAGCCUCAAUGCAAGCCUGGCGAGCGUGAUGGAGCCAUACACCCAGGCCUACCUCACCCAAGCAGUCAGCAGCAUGCGUGCCCCACUCUGGAUUGGCUUGUUCAACGAGGAGGGGAGACGGAGCUACACGUGGUUCACAGAUGACAGCCUUUCCUACACAAACUGGCAGGAAGGAGAACCAGAGCAAAUUGUGGGGUGCACAUACAUGGACGUAGAUGGGACAUGGAGGACCGCCAGCUGUGACAACAAGCUGCAAGGGGCCAUCUGCAAGAUGAAUACAGGUGCUGUACCCAUGUGGGAAAAUGGGAGCUGCCCUAGAUCUGUGGAGGAUUCCUCCUGGGUCCCCUUCCGGAAUCACUGCUAUGCCUUCCACAUGGAAGUCAUGCUGAACCAGAAGGAAGCUAUGGGGAGGUGUCAGAAAGUUGGAGGCACAGUACUGUCCAUCCUAGAUGAGAUGGAGAACGUCUUCGUUUGGGAGCAUCUCCAAGCUUAUGAGAGCCAAUCCAAAGGGGCUUGGCUGGGGAUGGCCUUUAACCCCAAAGGGGGGAUGCUUGUCUGGCAUGACCACAUGGCUGUGAAUUAUUCUAACUGGGGGCAGCAUGACACAGGGCCGAGCAUGCUCAGCCAAAACAGCUGCUAUUGGAUCCAGAGAAGCAAUGGGGUGUGGCAUCUGGGCUCUUGUUCCAAUGUCACCAUGGGAGUCAUCUGUAAGACAGCCCGAGUGGACGGAAACCAAGUCUCCAGAUCAGCUUUCCUGGAGAACACAAAGGCCAUUGUUGUGGUCAUCCUCUCCUCUUUAGCACUGUGUGCACUGAUAGCUAUUGCCAUCUACCUGUACAAGCGUCGGUGGAUCUCCGAGCGAGGGACAUUUGAGAGUGCUCGCUACAGUCGCACCAACUCCAACCCUAGUGAAUCCGCUGAGAAGAACAUCCUGGUGUCCGAUAUGGAGAUGAAUGAACAGCAAGACUAAUGUUGGAAAUGGCAAAC